GAGUGCCUUCGAGCUUCGCUGUUCGAGAACGUAACUCACGAUUGAAUCUCAUCCGCGAUUCUCGUCCGACGAGCAGCGGAUUACAACUAACAACGCUCUCGAAGUGUAAAAUUCGUUCGAGCUGUAGGAAUGACUCCCACUUGGCACAAAUACUGGCAAAUCUUAGCUUGCUUCUGGGAUUGGUUCUUAAAGCGAACGAUGCUUGUGUGGUACCGAGGAAAGAAAGACGCAGAGCGACAGAUCUCCACCGAAAGUGUCGAACGAACUUUGGCGGCAGGAGCGAACGUUUCACGAAGUUCCUCAGUUUCGGCGGGCCCGACGACGGUUCCGAAUGUAUUCGUCACCGACUGCGAUGACGAGGCCGAGCCUUACUGGAAAAUCAUGGGCGAACUGUCGGACGGGUGCAGCAACGAGGAUGGGUGCAUGGGGGGUAGCGAGUUCGAAGGGGAGGGCAAGCAGGUUUUGGUGGGAGUAUGCGCCAUGGCCAAAAAAUCGCAGAGUAAACCGAUGAAGGAAAUAUUAACGAGGCUCGAAGAGUUCGAGUACAUAAAAGUCGUCGUUUUUCCCGAAGAAGUUAUCCUCAAGGAGCCCGUAGAAGAUUGGCCGAUCGUCGAUUGUUUGAUAAGUUUUCACAGCAAAGGAUUUCCCCUCGACAAGGCGAUUCAUUAUGCCAAUCUUCGGAACCCAUUCAACAUCAAUAAUCUUCCAAUGCAGUAUGACAUCCAGGACAGACGAAGAGUUUACGCGAUUUUGGAUAGCGAAGGAAUCGAAAUACCGCGUUACGCGGUCCUCGAUCGCGAUUCGGCUGACCCAAAACAUCACGAGCUCGUCGAGUCCGAGGAUCACGUCGAAGUGAACGGGGUUACGUUCAAUAAGCCAUUCGUCGAGAAGCCCGUUUCGGCUGAGGAUCACAACAUAUACAUCUACUAUCCGACCUCAGCCGGUGGUGGUAGUCAGAGAUUGUUUAGAAAGGUACGAAAGAGGCACUCCAUUCUCCCUUUAACCAGUUCAACAGGCAUCAACAAACCCAACGGAAAAUCUUACGCAACCGAUAAGCCUCUUGAACCCAUUCCGAUGAGCGGAAUAGGGAGUCGAAGUAGUGUUUAUUCACCAGAGUCGAGAGUCCGGAAGACCGGCUCGUACAUCUACGAAGACUUCAUGCCAACCGAUGGUACCGAUGUCAAGGUUUACACCGUUGGCCCGGAUUAUGCGCAUGCCGAGGCACGCAAAAGUCCAGCUCUCGAUGGCAAAGUCGAACGCGAUUCGGAGGGCAAGGAAAUUCGCUAUCCGGUCAUUCUUAGCAAUGCCGAAAAGCUGAUCAGCCGGAAAGUUUGUUUGGCAUUCAAACAGACGGUUUGCGGCUUCGAUCUUUUGAGAGCAAACGGGAAGUCGUUUGUGUGUGAUGUGAACGGUUUCAGUUUUGUGAAGAAUUCGAACAAGUAUUACGACGACUGUGCGAAGAUUUUGGGCAACAUGAUCCUCCGGGAACUUGCCCCGACGUUACACAUUCCUUGGAGCGUACCCUUUCAGCUCGACGAUCCGCCAAUCGUUCCAACAACGUUCGGCAAAAUGAUGGAACUGCGUUGCGUUGUUGCCGUCAUUAGACACGGUGACAGAACCCCCAAACAGAAGAUGAAGGUAGAAGUUCGUCACCCAAAGUUUUUCGAGAUAUUUGCCAAGUACGAUGGCUACAAACACGGUCACGUCAAAUUGAAGAGACCCAAACAAUUACAAGAAAUUUUGGACACCGCGAGGAGCUUGUUGACGGAAAUUCAACACAGAGCAGCUGGCCCGGAGCUCGAGGAGAAGCAAGGAAAGUUGGAGCAGCUCAAAAGCGUUUUGGAAAUGUACGGUCAUUUCUCCGGAAUCAACCGAAAAGUUCAGAUGAAAUAUCAGCCUCGUGGUCGGCCCAGGGGCAGUUCUUCCGACGACGGUAACAAUCACAAUCGCUUGGGAGAACCUUCGUUGGUAUUGAUACUAAAAUGGGGUGGUGAAUUAACGCCAGCUGGACGAAUACAAGCCGAGGAAUUGGGACGUAUUUUCCGCUGCAUGUACCCCGGUGGUCAAGGUAGACACCUUAGUGAGGAUGACUCAGAGAUGUUACCAAGCCACGGUGAAUACGCUGGAGCUCAGGGCCUGGGUCUGCUGAGGCUGCACUCGACGUUUCGUCACGAUUUGAAGAUUUACGCGAGUGACGAAGGCCGAGUUCAAAUGACUGCAGCAGCUUUCGCUAAAGGUCUUCUUGCACUCGAGGGUGAAUUAACCCCAAUUCUCGUUCAAAUGGUAAAAAGUGCCAACACCAACGGAUUACUCGACAACGACUGUGACAGCAGCAAAUAUCAAAACAUGGUUAAAACUCGUCUGCACGAGCUGCUCCAGCAAGAUCGAGAAUUCACAAAAGAGGAUCGAGAACAAAUAAAUCCUGGAAAUGCGUUGAGCAUAAAUGAUGCCUUGGACUUUGUUAAAAACCCUGUAAAGUGUUGCCAGCAUGUUCAGGCACUGAUACAAAAGUUGAUGGAUAUUGUGAGGAUAAAGAAAGAUGAUCCGAAAACCAAAGACGCCAUCCUUUAUCACGGCGAGACCUGGGAAUUGAUGGGACGAAGAUGGGGCAAGAUAGAAAAAGAUUUCUGCACGAAAAACAAACGUUUCGAUAUAUCCAAGAUCCCAGAUAUCUACGAUUGUAUAAAAUAUGAUUUGCAACACAAUAAUCACACUUUACAGUUCGAUCACGCCGAGGAAUUAUAUAUUUAUGCGAAAUACCUUGCGGACAUCGUGAUUCCACAAGAAUACGGAUUGACGGUUCAGGAAAAAUUGACGAUUGGUCAGGGCAUAUGUACGCCAUUGUUGAAGAAAAUUCGUGCCGAUCUUCAGAGGAAUAUUGAAGAAUCUGGAGAAGAAACGGUUAAUCGUUUAAACCCGAGAUAUUCUCACGGUGUUUCGAGUCCUGGCAGGCAUGUACGAACGCGUCUAUACUUCACGAGUGAAAGUCACGUACACUCGCUUCUUACAGUUUUAAGAUACGGUGGUUUGCUUGACGUUGUCAAGGACGAACAAUGGAGAAGAGCGAUGGAGUACGUCAGCAUGGUUUCAGAGCUCAACUACAUGUCUCAAAUAGUCGUGAUGCUUUACGAGGACCCUACGAAAGAUCCCAGCAGCGAAGAGCGUUUCCACGUCGAAUUGCACUUCAGUCCCGGUGUAAAUUGUUGCGUACAAAAGAAUUUGCCACCAGGACCAGGUUUCAGACCGCAUUCGCGCAACGAAUCGAGCCACAACCUUGAAACGAAUUCUCAAUGCAGUACACGCAUUGACGAGGAAGAUGCUGAGCUUGGUGGGCUGGAAGACGGUACUACGAGUCCCCAACAAGAAUCUAAUACGUCUCCGGUGCUGGUCGAGACGGAAGAAACUCCUGAUACCACUCUCGAUAGUCCAACCAUCAGUCGAACCAUCGAUAUGAUGGAUCUCGAUCCAAACAUGAUGGAUGAGCCCUAUGACAGUGGAUUUCUUCAGGCUUCUGCUCCAAUUCCUAUCAGUGCACGAACGGUUGCGGGUCACGAAGCAGCGAGGCUUGGCAGUCAAUUGGCAGCGAGUCAACGACAACGCAGGGAGAGAGAAGCCAGUGGUAUUUGUGAACCACGUGCACGGAGCUACGAUCAUCAGAGACAGGACAAAACCGAGAAAAAGGACCGAGGCUGGAGUCGUUUCGAGGUCGAUGAAUUUUUUUACGAAGAAUUAGAAUGUAUGGUAGCUCCGAAGCUGCAGUCGAUGCGAAGCGCAGGACUGUCGCACUCUCCCAAUCGUCUGAGCGGUUCGACGAGCGAUAAUUAUUUCUCGAGUUCUCCCGAUCUCCCGAGCUUACUUACCGAUACUCGAGCGAUUCCGGAUCGAGACAAGUUCAAAAGAGCGUUUGAACCUUUGCCCAAAGAUUCGAGGGAUGCGCGAAAGAACGUGCAGUUUUACAAGUCUCCGAAACACGAUCGCUCGGCGAUCGGGGCAACGGAUUUCUGGGAUUUCGGGGAUAAUCUCCUCCUCGAAAAAAGCUCGAUCCGCGAGGAAAUUGGAAUUUCGGUAAAGCCAACGAAAUCGAAAGAGAAAAAAUUAACGUCGCAGAAGGACGAUGCACGUGAUAAAGCCACUCCUGAACAAAACCCUCAAACUUCGCCAUCACAAAGCCCUGUAACCGAUGAAAAAAGCGUCCUCCAAAAACCUACGGAAAGCAGGCCCGUCUCUAGCGCAAUUUCCAUCGAUGGCAAACCCCGCGAGAGUGCCCUAGGGGAAAAUCGUUCGAUUACACGAUCGCCAAGUUGUCUGGGAAUUCCUGUAGCAUUGCCACACUCGUUGAGCUCACCAGAGUUGCCUGCCCCUUUGAAAGCAACGAUUUUCGACGGGUCCAGCCCUCUGGUGACCCUGCACAGCAACAUUGCAGCGUCGACCUGCACCGUUUCUCCGACCGUGUGUUCCCAUGGGUCCGAGAGAUCGGACAGAACCGAGGGCGUAUCAUUGUCAAGCUGCAAAAGCAGUACUUUGUUGCCAAUGUCACUUCAGACGAGUCAAAACAAGCGAUACGGUCGUUCGAAAUCGGCGCUGACCCUGUCCACCGGAAGCGACCCGAGGGACACACGACCUUCGAUCAUUCAACAACCUGACCCUACCUGCACAGCAAGGCGCCACCGUCACAGUAUCUCCGGGCAGAUGAGUUAUUUCAAGCUGUUGGGAUACAACGUAAGCAAGAAACUUACCGGCUCGACGAACAGCCUGUUCAGCACAGCCGUCAUCAGCGGAUCAUCCAGUGCUCCCAAUCUUAAGGACAUGGUACCGCCACACGCAUCUGCCGUUGCUGCUAUCGAGGGCUUCGGAGGCGUGCCACCGAUAAGGCCACUGGAGACCCUGCACAACGCGUUGUCGCUGAGGCAACUCGAUUCGUUCUUGGACAUGAUGACCAAUGCCUCGCUCUUCAGAACUCCAGCCUCGUCGCCUCCGAAAUUCCCAUCGCCCGGUGGUUCCACUCAUGGUAGCUCGGUCAUACCCAAUCUGAGUAUUUGCAACAUCAAUCGCGAGUAUCACCCUUCCGAUCUUGAAGCUGCCAGAUACGUCACACCAACGCCGAUGCACUACAAAUCAGGGCUGGAUGGGGAAGCAAGUGACAAUCGGAAUCAAUUAUCACCAACGAGUCCAAAUAGCGCCGGAUGGAGCAGCGAGCCACAAUCGUUUUUGUCUUCAGGACCAUCUUCACCGGCUCCAACUUCAGCAGGGGAGUGCAGUAUGUCUAUAAGUUUAGUCAGCAGCGACGGGACACAGCCAUUCGCGAGUUCGAAAGCUUCGACAACUCCCCGUCUCGAUAUCGAGUUCAACGACUUCUGCAGGAGUAUCGAUCAGGAAAUGCACGCGGAAAGUCGUGGCAGUAUUUCGUACACGGAUUACUACAGCAACGAAGACGGCCUGAUAAGAAAGACGGGCUCUGAUUUAGCACAUUUACGAGACCGCGUCGCACAGGAUGAAACGUCCCAGGAUGCGGCCGUCGAUGAUGACGAAGAUCACACACUCACGCUACGAGAGACCGAGGAACAUCGCAAACAGGACAUCAAGUCUAUAUUUGAUCGGAACAAGGAUGAUUCGUUGGUUAAACCCAGCAGCAGUUUCAAGAAAAUUGGAAGAUUUCGGGUGGAAAGUAUGGAGAUAGCCGACGAAGAUGUUAGGAUAAAAGAAGCUGGGGGAACGGAAAAUGUCGAAGCGGUUUCGAUGUCGAGUUCGAAUCUUUCGCUCGACCGAGUCAAAACGGCGAGGUUGAAGAAUCGUCCAAAAAUCAAAACGAUGGCACGCUCGCAGAGUGUCUCCACUCCGCAAUCAACGUCUCGUAAAAUAGACGUUGAUUACGGUUGUCAAAGGGCUGACACAAAUACCGGCUCGUUCUCAACAAUGUCGUGCGAAGAUUUGGAAAACUGGAAACGAACCGCGGCAAGUCCGUCCGCAUCUUCGGUCACAUCGCCGACCGAUGUUAAGGAAGAACCGAUUCUGACUCUGGCCAGCAGCCUUAAAGGAAGUUCCAAUAUUAUUAUAGGAUUCAACGUUCAGGAUAAGAAGGAUUAAUUUUAAAAAUUCGUAGCUGUGGAGGGAUCACUCUGAGCGAAAACGUACGAACAUUUUCUAUUUGCCUCAAACAAGUAUUUCGUUGCUUGAAUAAUCAUCGCGAGCCUUCAAUUUUUUUGAAAAAAAUAUAUUCAUCAGCCUCAAUCCUUCUUACUUCUUUUGAAUUUGCCUGCAACAUUUUUUCCUCGACCGACGAACUUUGUGAAUGAUUGAAACCGGAGUUACUCAUGGUAUUUUUUCUUUCUAACAAUUCAAUGACAAACUCAGAGUUAUAUCCCUCGAAUAAGAAAAUCAAAUCUUGUCGAAGCUAAAAAAAAUAUAUUUAAAAAAUACAGCUGUAGGGUUCGAUGUUCAGGAUCUUGAAAUCAAUGUUACUUAAUUCUUUGCUUUUUUUUUUUCAAAUCUAUCCCCUAAAACGAGUCUUAGUGAAAAGAGAAUUCAUUUGAGAUUUUCAAUAGUUUUUUUUAUAUUUGAAAUAUUCAGUAUAGAUAUUAUUAAGCAAUGCGUAACGAUCACUCAGGUUUUUCUUUUAUUCCAGUCACAGCCGUUUGUACUACUUAUUUAUUCGUUAAAUUUGAGAGACGGUGUCAUAACGAACUAUUGAUAAAAUUGUAAUUAUGUUAAUGGUGUAAUUAGUCGUUUGAUUCGUUGUCGUUUUGAAGCGACAUCGACCCUCAAUUUUUUGAGCUUUUUAAACAACAAAAGUCCGUAUACUAAGUCGUGUAAUUAUGUAAUGGAGUUAAGCCAUAAAGUAUGUAUGAUAGGAAAUAUUUCAAGAUGUAAGAGAAUUGAUGAACUUGAAUGUAAAUUUCGAAUUUGAGGAGAAUAGUGUUAACAAGAAAAUUCAAAAUAGUGACAAAAAAGCUGGUUAAUCAAAAUUUCUUAUGACUUAAUUGUAUAGCAUCGCCUCAUUUCUGUUCACCUGAUCAAUUCGUAUAAAGGAAUAGGACUUUUGAAUUACUCCUAUGCGGACUAAACUUUGGACAUUGAAGGUUGGCAAGUUUGCGAAGGACAAAAAUAGAAAAUCUCGCCGAAUUUUAUUGAAUUCUGAUUUUCCACGUUUCUAUUGACGUAGAGCUGCAAAUAGUGUAUAUGUGAAAGCGAACGAAAAAUGGAGUUCUAUUUUUUAGUGUGUACAAGAAAAAGGAAAACGAUUUAACUAUAAAUAUUCUAAGUUGAGUGGACACUAAUGUGAUGUAGACGUCUGUUUUUGUUUACCUCAUUGAUUUGUAUAAAAGAAUAGGAUUUUUGAAUUUGCCUCGUACGGGCUAAACUUUUAACACAUUAAAUUGGCGAGUUUGCAAGAAAAUAAAGAACGGCUCGUCGAAUUUUAGUGAUUUUUCAUUUUCCACAUUUCUAUUUAUGUAAAGCUGCAAAUAAUGUACAUGUGAAAACGAACGGAUAAACGAAGUUAUAUUUUUUAGAGCAUACGAGGAAAGGAAAAUAAAUUAUGAAUAUUCUUAGUUGAAUAAGCACUAAUGUGAUGCAUAUCUGCCCACGUUGUAAUACGCCAUGUUUCGACUAAUUUCCCUUGUAGCUCAGUCGAAUUAUCGUUGUUUAUUUGAGCACAAAAAAAAAUUGCAUCGAAAAGUAAAAGUGAUUUAUGACUCAGA